AUGUUGUUCUCCAAGCCCUUGCUGGCAAUCGUGCCACUGGCAUUCUCCCUGGUCUCUGCGCAAGUCAACACAACAAUCUGCAAUGGCAAGACCUACGUGUACGAGGAGCUGGCGGGCUACGGCUUAAUAUCGAACAACGCCACAGACAAGUUUAGAGACACCAUCGGAGGCAUUGGCUCAUCCAUUGCUAUCGAUAAACUCUCAUGGGUAAGAGUCGGCAACUCCUACACUGGUCUGUUAUACGCCAUUCCAGACCGUGGGUGGAACACGGAAGGCACUUUGAACUUCCAAGGCCGCGUCCAGAAGUUCCUGGUCACUUUCACACCUAAUGAAGGUGCCACGGCAGCGAACCCCGGUAGACAGAAUCUGCAAUUCAAAUAUCUCGACACCGUCCUCCUCACGGAUCCUCGCGGUCAGCCGGUCGUUGGCUUGGAUGCUGGAAUUCGAGGCCCAUAUUUGACUUUCCCUGGUUUUCCAGAACUUUCUUCCGCGAACUACACCGGCGACGGAUAUGGCGGCGAGGGCGAGGGCGGCUACCGUGUUGUGGUCGACGCUGAAGGGCUAGUUCUGGGUCGUGAUGGGACAUGGUGGAUCUCGGAUGAGUAUGGCGACUACAUAUACCAGUUCCUGCCCACAGGUCGAAUGAUCAGAGCCAUUCGUCCACCACCAGCUUUCAUCCCACUGCGUAAUGGCACCAUAUCGUUCAGCUCGGAUAACCCGCCACGCUACAAUCCCGCCCUGUCACCUGUCCCUGCGGAUGUGGAGAACGGACGUUCCAACAAUGGAGGACUCGAAGGUCUUACUACAAACCCAUCUGGCACCAAGCUCUAUGCGCUUACCCAAUACGCCCUUGCUCAAGAUGGAGGCAACACAAACCGCAGGAGCCGUAACGCUCGCAUGCUGGUGUACGACAUUACCGGCGCCCAGCCACGCCUCGAGAGCGAAUACGUGGUUCCUCUCAACCGCAUCGAUGGCACGAACACUGCUGUCAGCCAGAUCAAUGUAGCUCGCCAAAGUGAGCUCCACUACAUUAGUGACACCCAGUUCCUCACUCUUGCUCGGGACUCAGGGCGUGGGCGUGGACAAGGUCCGACAAACACGCUUAGCAGGUACCGCUCAAUCGAUGUCUUCGAUACCAGUGGUGCUACCAACGUCGCUGGCAAGGCCGACUGUGUUGGCUGUCAAGUGGCUGACCGUGCUACUGGUGUCCUCUUGCCAAACACUACCGCAUCGACUUAUUGCCGAUGGUUGGACUUCAACGUCAACAGCCAACUCAACCGCUUCGGCGUUCACAACGGCGGUGCAGAGGACGAAGGCUUGCUCAACGAGAAGUGGGAGUCCAUUGCUCUGGUCGCUGUCAACCGUGACAUCUUCGGCAACGCUCGGGAUGAUGAGUACUACAUGCUCUCGUUCUCCGACAAUGACUUCAUCACCAAGGAUGGCCAGCUGAAGUUUGGACAAUUUGAGUACAGCGAUGGAUCCGGCUACCACUUGGACAACCAGGCGUUGAUGUUCAAGGUGAGACUUCCAAGUGGCGCGAAGCCGCUUGUUGCAUGA